AUGCCAGGAUUCUUCAAUUACACGCUAUGUGACGGUGCGAGACUGCGGAUUACGUUGAUCAACAACCUAAACACAGCGCCUUACACCUCGUGCAAGUGGGUGACGUACACAAAUUCUGCGUCGCGCCGACGUUUACAUAAGCCGUGUGACAGCGACAUCCGUGCGAAACAUCCCUGGAAAGACUCUACCGGAGUGACAAGGAUAGGAAAAUAUCAGUCGAAGGCCACCAAGAAUAAACAUAUGAGAGCUGAUGCCCAACGACUUGUAGAGGAACCACCAGUAGAGAGUAUAAAGAGUCGAAAGAGUCGUGCAUCAACCCCAUCAGACGACACAAGUUCGUCAGAUACCAGCACAGAUGCCAGCGCUAGUACUAGCAACAACGUAUCACCAGUGGCAGACUAUACCCGUACGUAG